AUGCCUGCGCCGCUCAACCCCCACCCGAAGCAUACUCCGUCGUUUGCUUCGGAUUCUCACAAUGACGGACCACCCCGAGUACAGGUCUCGCAUGAAGAUGAAGAUGCCAUUGCCGAUAUUCAUCGCACUUUAACAGAAAAAACCGUCGAGGACAAGUAUGCGGAGCCACAUUCAUCAUUCGACAAAUUCCUCGAAGAACAGGCCCAAGGGAAGAACAGAUCCAACCUGGGUGUCUGUUUCCAAUCACUCUCAACCUGGGGCAAUGGAGAUAGCCACGUCGAUGUGAAAACACUCGGCACCGCCCUCUGGCGCACCUUGACCAUGCAGGAUAUCUAUGAAUGGACCAUCCAGCCUUGGUUCUCAAAGAAGAAGCCCGAAGAUGGUCGUCAACUCAUUCGAGACUUCUCCGGCGUUGUCGAUAGUGGUGAAAUCAUGCUUGUACUCGGACGCCCCGGAGCAGGCUGUUCAACAUUCCUCCGCACAGUCGCAGCCCACCACAGCUCCUUCCUAGGCGUGACCGGCUCCAUAGACUACUCCGGCCUAAGUCAAGAAGAGGUUAAAACGCACUACCGCGGAGCGGUAGCAUACGUCCCAGAAGACGACGUGCACUUCCCAACCUUAACCGUUCGCCAAACCCUGGAGUUCGCCUUGCAAAGCAAAACGCCCAAGCGUUACCGCGAACGAAUCCCCCGCUACCUCGAGAUUUACGGCCGUGUCUUUGGUAUGUCGCAUACCAUGAACACGCUCGUGGGAAAUGAGUAUAUCCGCGGUGUAUCCGGUGGAGAACGCAAGCGGAUUUCCAUCAUCGAGUCUCUUGCUACUGAUUCCUCUGUCACAUGUUGGGAUAACUCGACAAGAGGACUGGAUGCUUCUUCUGCAUUGGAUUAUGCGCGCAGUUUGCGCAUCAUGACUGACACAUGUGGCAAGGCGACUCUUCUGACACUGUACCAGGCCUCGGAUGCCAUAUACGAUCUUGUCGACAAGGUCUUGCUUAUUGACGAAGGACGCAUGCUUUACCAAGGUCCUGCAAAUGAAGCCAAAGCUUACUUCGAAGACCUGGGAUACGAAUGCGCGGAUAUGCAAACCACCUCUGAUUUCCUGACCAGUAUCACACUCCCCGAGCGUCGUCGCUUCCGCGCUGGUUGCGAAAACAAAGCGCCCAAAGGUCCCAUCGAGCUCGAAAAGGCAUUCAGGGAAAGCAACGCAUUCGCCAAGAUCGAAGCUGCCAUCGAUACCUACCAAGAUCAAAAAGUCGGUCGAUCCUCGGGUGUAUACCCGACCGACUCGGAGUGUGGCAGCGUGGAGGAGUUCAAGAAGAAUAUCCAAAGCGACAAAUCGCGGUUCGUGUCGCCCAAGUCGCCAUAUACCAUUUCGCUUUUCAGACAGGUCGUGCUGUGCGCGAAGCGGCAGAUGUGGCAGUUGAAGGGGCAUAUGAGCCCAUUGUACAUCAAGUUGAUCUCUUGUGUUGUUUACGGGCUGUUGAUCGGUUCGAUGUUCUACAACCAGCCAAAGACUACUGAGGGAAUGUAUUCCCGGGGCGGUGUGCUCUUUUACUCUUCUAUCCUGCUUGCUUGGUUGCAGAUGUCUGAGUUGGAAGAGGCCAUGCAGGGUCGGGAUAUUCUCAGUCGACAGAAGAAAUUCGCAUUUGUCCGCCCUAGUGCUGUGUGCCUGGCCAGAUUCCUAUCAGAUCUGGUGAUCACAGUACUUUUGACAUUCUUGUACCUGAUUGUGAUGUACUUCCUUUCUGGACUGAGGACUGAGGCAGGUCCCUUCUUCAUCGAUUUACUCUUCAUCUACACGUGCACUGUCUGUCUCACCGCGCAAUUCCGUGUUUUUGCUGCCGUAUCCAAUAACUUCGAGGUCGCCCUGCGCUAUUGUGGUGUGUCCGUCCUCUUUUGUAUUGUGUUCGGUGGUUAUGUUCUAUCCGUCGACAAGAUGAUUCAAGACGUUCCAUGGGUUGGAUGGCUCGCAUACACCACUCCGGCCUUGUUCACUUACGAGGCUGUCAUGGCUGCCGAGUUCCACAAUGUCAACUUCCCUUGUGCAAGUGGAUCCAUCAUUCCCUCCGGCACAGGGUACACAGACCUUGCUCUUCAGACCUGUUCCUACGCCGGUAGCAAAGUGGGCAGCUUAGUCGUGAAUGGUGAUGACUACCUGGCUGCCAAGUACGGCUUUGCAUACAGCCAUGUCUGGCGCAACUUCGGCAUUCUGUGUCUUUUCACCGUUGCAUAUAUCAUCAUGACUUGUUGGUUGAGCGAGGUCAUGGAAUGGGAGUUGGACAGUGCGGGUCCAAUCGAGUACAAGGGGUCCUCGAAGCUGUUCAGCCGAAAGAAGAAUGUACAGGCCGACGAAGAAAAGGCACCUGUUUCAGUUGAUGCGAAUGCUCCACCUGCUGCCCACAGCAGCAAAGCAGAUCAAGUUCUCGCGGCUACGGAAACUACCUUCUCUUGGUCGGACCUUGAGCUCCACGUGGAGAUCGGGAAGGAGACUCGGAAGCUCCUCGACAAUGUUUGUGGAUAUUGCAAGCCUGGCUCGCUUACUGCCCUUGUUGGUGCAUCGGGUGCAGGCAAGUCAACAUUGCUGACUGCGCUCACACAAAGAGAGAGUCCCGGUGUUCUUACGGGCUCCCUCUUCGUGGACGGUCGUUCUAUCGACGAAUCAUAUAACCGACAGAUUGGAUACUGUCAACAAAUGGACAUUCACGACGAGAGCGGCACCAUCCGCGAAGCCUUUGAAUUCUCUGCUCUUCUUCGCCAGAGUGAUGAUGUACCCAAGGAGGAAAAGUUAGCAUACGUUGACACGGUCAUUCACACCCUUGAUUUGGUGGAGCUGCAAGAUGCAAUUAUCGGAUCAUUGGACAUCGAGAAGAAGAAGCGGGUAACUAUUGGUGUUGAGCUCUGCGCUCGUCCAAAGUUACUUCUGUUCUUGGAUGAACCAACUAGUGGACUUGACAGUCAAGGUGCUACCAAUAUUGUUGCUUUACUCCGUCGUCUGGCGAACCAGGGACUGGCAGUUCUUUGCACAAUUCACCAAGCCAACCAACAGCAGUUUGAGGAGUUUGACCGAGUGCUCGCCCUUAGUCCCGGAGGAAUGACAUACUACUUCGGCCCGGUGGGUGAAUCCGGCAAAGCAAUCUUCGACUACUUCGCACGAGACGGCAAUAUUCCCGACAAGGUUACCAACGCGGCAGACUUCUUGAUUGAAGUUGUAGUCGGUGGAAUGAAAGCCUCGGAAGCCAACCAAACAAACUGGGCAUCAGUCUGGCGUAACUCCCAAGAGUGCGCAGACGUCAAGAAAGAAAUUGCCUCAAUUCGCUCAGAUCAAAACAGCCCCCCUUCUCUUCCCCCAACUCAGCCAUCGCUUCUCACUCGGACAUUCCUCUUGACCCAGCGCACUGGCCGCCAGUUCUGGCGCACCGCCGAGUAUCCUUACUCGCGCCUCUACUCGUCUUUCCUGCACGCGCUGAUCAACGGCUUGACCUACCUGCAAAUCGGAAACAGUACCACAGACAUGCAGUCGAAGGCAUUCUCGUGUUUCCUGGUUCUCAUGCUGGUUCCCGAGUUUAUCAACGCCAUCUCCAUGCGGUUUAUCUUGAACCGAGACAUCUGGCUGGCGAGAGAAGGUCCGAGUGGUGUAUACGGUUGGAUUUCUUUCUGCACCGCCCAGAUCGUGUCCGAGAUUCCAUACACGGUCAUCGGCAGUGUGGUCUUUUUCGUUCUAUACUAUUUCCUCGUCGGAUUGCCACUAGGCUUUGCGGCUGGGUAUAGUUUCUUGAUGUUUUUCAUGUUCUUCCUGUUUGCUACAUCGUGGGGGCAGUGGAUUGCCGCUAUGAGCGCCGACUCCAUGAUCGCCGCCACCCUCAUGCCUUUCUUCAUCAUCAUGUGCGAGCUUUUCAACGGCAUCCUCCAGCCCCACAGCCAAAUGCCCGCUUUCUGGAAGUACACCAUGUACUACGUCACACCGUUCACCUACUGGAUCGGUGGCGUUUUGACCUCCGUCCUGCGCGGCACGGAAGUCGUCUGCACCCAGAGCGAAUUGACCAUCUUCGGAAGUCCCUCGAAUGUCACCUGUGGCGAAUACGCUGGUACCUGGCUCGAGUCUAAGGGCGUGGGAUAUCUUUCUAACCCGGAUGGUACGGGUGAAUGUGGAUACUGUGAAUACAGCCACGGCGACGAUUAUCUCUCUGGCCUUGGCCUUGACUCUUCUAAGAUCUGGCCCUACUUUGGCAUCUUCUUGGGGUUCACUUUGGCUAAUUAUCUGAUGGUUUACUUGAUGGUCUAUUUGCGAUCUGUGAUGAAGAUGAGGAAGUAA